GAGAACACUUCUUUGAAUUCAUCGCCAUCAACAACUUUAGAAGAAGUGAAUGGACAAAUUAAUGUUAUUGGUAAUAAGACUGAAGGUGCUUUAAUGAUGUUCUCUAAGAGCAGAGGUGUUGAUUAUAAGCAAUUAAGAAAGGAGAAGGAGAUCUACCAAAUGUUUGGCUUCUCUUCAUUAAAGAAGAGAAUGAACACAUUAGUCUGGGAAGAAAAACCAACCAAAGUCCGGAUGUUGACUAAAGGCGCGCCAGAAAUGAUCAUUUUGCAGUGCACACAUUAUAUGAAAUCAACAGGAGAAAUUGCCGAAUUAACAGAUGACGUUAAAAAUGAAUUGGCUCAAAGACAAGCAGCUUGGGCUAAUAAGGGGUGCAGAACACUUGCGUUGAGUUACAAAGACAUUGCUCCUAAGAACUUGGACAACUUCGACGAUUUGUAUGAAGAGGCUGAUGAGAGCGGAAGCAUCUUGUUGGCGUACUUCGGCAUUGAAGAUCCACUGAGAGUCGAAGUCCCCGAAGCUGUUAAGACGUGUCAAGGCGCUGGAAUUAAAGUAAGAAUGGUGACUGGUGAUAACAUCGAGACUGCACGUUCAAUUGCUAGACAGUGCAAUAUCAUCUCGUCUGAUGACGACUUUGCAAUUGAAGGUCCAGCAUUUGCAAAGAUGAGUGAUGAAGAGAUUAUUGAGAAGAUCCCAUCAUUAAGUGUCAUUGCUAGAUGUUCUCCACAAGAUAAGAAGAGACUUGUCUUGUUAUUGAAAAAACAAGGCGAAGUCGUUGCAGUCACUGGUGAUGGUACCAAUGAUGUGCCAGCUCUUAAGAAUGCACACAUUGGACUUGCUAUGGGUAUUAGAGGGACUGAUGUAGCAAAACAAGCGUCUGAUAUUGUUAUUCUUGAUGAUAACUUCAAGUCCAUUGUGAAUUCCGUAAUGUGGGGGAGAUGUGUCUUUGAUAACAUUAGAAAAUUCCUUCAAUUCCAAUUAACGGUGAAUGUCUCAGCUGUUGGGUUAUGUAUCAUUGGUUCAGUCUUUGUAGGAGAAGCGCCAUUAAAUGCACUUCAGAUGCUUUGGGUGAAUAUGAUUAUGGAUACCUUAGCAGCACUUGCUUUGGGUACUGAGAAACCUACCAAAGAGUUGUUAAAGCGAAAGCCAUUUGGGAAGUACAAUUCAUUGUUAUCACCAAAGAUGAUACGUAGUAUCUUGUCUCAAACCUUAUGGCAAUAUGCUUGUUGUUUGACUAUUGUGUUUGCUGGGCGCUACAUUCCAUUCUUAGAAGCGCCAUGUGGAUUUGCUCGUACGAUGAACCGCUCUGCUGGUGAUGAUUUCAGUGAUGUUUGUGCGACGUGGGAAAAGGAGACGAGUGGGAGUGGGGAGAUGUUUAAGAGUUAUGAUAAUGUCAAGACCGAUACCAUAACCUUACAGACGUUAGUCUUCAACACUUUUGUGUUCUGUCAAGUCUUCAAUAUGUUCAACUCUCGUAAGGUCAAUGGGGAACAU